CAGACAAAUCCACAGGCGAGACAGAUAUGCGAGGAGGUGGAACUGCAAGUUAAACUGCGAGCUCAGUUUUUAUUUGAAAAACCCUCUGGAGGACUAUAAAUUAUGAAUCAUGACAGCGCGAUGAUGUGAGGAAAAGAAAGAAGAUGCCUUGAAACUAAAGUUCCCUGAGUUUUAUCCAAUGACAAACGCAACCAUAAAAACAACAAUAAUAAUAAACAGCAAAGAGUGGGAAAAUGUCGACAAAGAACGAGACAGACCAUAACUACAUCGCCGUUCGAGUGUGCGCUUCGACUACGUCCUUCGUAAUUUUGGCUUUUUUCAACCUGGUUAUAAAUUGGACUAUUCUACGUGAUGAAGGACUUCGGAGCCAUGCCCGCUUUGUCUUGGUUUUCCACCUGUUGUUCUCCGCCUUUGUCUACUUUGGGGUCUGCUGCGCGUUCUACGUACAGAUAUACAUCGACGCCAGGACCCCAGCUGCCGCGUGCCAGACCUUGAUAACUAUGUUAAUCACAAGCGCCUCGAACAUCCUCCUCACCCUUACUGCGAUGGCCCUGGACCGCUACGCUGCCAUCUGCUUCCCGCUCAAGUACAGCUCCAUGUGCUGGAUGCAGUGGCCAUGGCUCAUCGGGGUACUAACUUGGGGCAUAGCGCUCAUCACCCCUCUGAGCCUAUUGUCCAAAAUGGAGGAGGACUUUGAAACAAGGGGAGGGCGAUGCGGCCGCGAUCUGUUGAAAAAAGGCGAAGUCCACAAAAUCACGCUGAUUUCACUGUGUGCGUUGCUCAUUUUAUUCAGCUACUGCAAAAUCUUACUGGAGAGUCGGCGCCUCGGCGUGCUGUCUCCGCGCAACCGCGUCGGCCGCAGGACCAUCGCCAUGCACGGCACCCAGCUCGCCGUCUACAUCCUCCCCAACUUCGUGAACUUCGUGCUGCACCUGUUUCAGAAGCACCAUUACCUCCAGGAGGGUCCCAAGGAGCUGUUUGGGGUGAUUAACUUUGCCUUCUUUAGUCUGGCGCAGUGCAUAGCUCCGAUCAUCUACGGACUGCGUAAAGAGGAGCUUCUGGAACAGUUGUACCAUCGCUUUCCCUGUCUGUCUUGCCACCUGAAAGGUAUCCUGGAGUGGACCGUCCGAACCACACAGCCCUGCCUGCGUCCCCAGCCACGAGAGAGAGCGAUGACUUCCCAAAGGCUCAUGUCGAUAGAGCUGCCACGGACAUCUAUAUGACUGGACAAUACCGGGGCCAUGACGGGGAAUGGAAUAGGACUCAAAGAGCCCAAUUUCACCAAAUCCUGGAGGAUUCUGCGCGUGCAGCUUUGUCGGUAUUUAUUCGCUCGCGUGGUGGCGGAAUCCAGGGAAUCGUCGCCCACGGAUAAAGAUGAACACCUAAAAACUUACUGUGACCACAACACGCACGGCGGC